AUGAAUGGACACGAGUACAACUAUGGUUACUACCUUGCCGACGGCAUCUACCCCUCCUGGCCGGUGUUCAUGAAAGGUGUUACUCUUCCACAAAAUGAAAAGCAGCGAGUGUUCACUGCUGCUCAAUCAGCGCAUCGCAAAGAUGUCGAGUGUGCCUUUGGAGUGUUGAAGUCUAGGUUCAACAUUCUAGCAGUUCCGGGACGCUCCUACUCCAGGCGUACUCUUGGAUUGAUCAUGCGUGCAUGUGUCAUUCUGCACAACAUGAUCAUUGACGAUGAGCGUGGACAAAAUUUGGACAACAUCUAUGAGACAGUUGAUUCAAAUGUCGGCCCUGCAAUACACCACCAUGCACCACCAAGCCUAGCAGCCAGGAUUCAGAUGGACACCGAAAUGAGGGACUCACCGAUGUAUACACAGCUCCAGCAUGAUUUGAUGGAGCAUGUGUGGGCUAAUUCCUAG